GAUGUUUUAUUUUUUUGAAAUAAAGCUGACUGUUAAUUAAUAGAAAAGAGAUGGUACCCAAAACCGGGUGCCAUUAAAAGAAACAAGCUGCACUAUUAUCCCCUUUCACUAGAACUGAAAAAGGAACAGUCAGCUCAACACACUAUCCUAGUUCAAGAAUCCACGAGUGCCUGCAGCUAAGCCCGCCAGUAGCCUCCGGAAUCCCACUCAGCACCGCCUUGGCUCAAACGCAGCAAAAAAAAAAAAAAGAAGGGAUAAGGAGGAAGAGAUGGGCCUCAGAAAACAACAUCGCCAUCUCCUCCAUGCUUCAACAAUGUUAUUCACAGCUAAUCAGGUGGGUCCACCCACCACCGGUUCCACACCAGGAUGGACCUCCUCAACCCAGAAAACCCUUUCCCUCCGUCGAAGCCUUCUAGUGUCAAGAGGACCAAACAGCUUACCUUCCCAAAUCCGAGCUAGUGCCUGAAAACCUUGAAAAGGUUAGAAAAAGAAAAUCAAAUAAAUCAACAGCCCUCAGGCCUCAGUACCGCCGAACCCUGUUAAUAGCCUGCUUCCCCUAAAUAUUUAGACUGUGGAACAACAAAGAUAAUUCAUUAGCUUAAUCAAAUUGGGUAUCUCUUAUAUCAACCUAAAAUGAAGGCAAAAGUUGUGUGCAGGAAGCUGUAUGACUACGUCUGAUACGAUCUCAAAGAAAUAGCUUUCCCUUCUUCAUUGACUGGUCCUCCCCACAUGAAAAAGCGCCGCAAAUUGACUUGGCACGAGCGUUUCUUGGUCUUGAAGGAGGCCUCUAGGCUUUAUGCUGCAAGUUGGGUAAGGGAUAUUGGUCCUGAUCUUAGACCAAACGAUUAUAAGAAGGAUGAUGGGACUGAAGAUAAAUCCAAUGGAGAUAAGGGUAGGAGUACAGAGAUAGAACCUUCGACCUUGGAGGAUAUUGCUUCUCUUUUUCAACUAAAAUUUUUUAGGCCAGAUUUCUCUAAAGCACAUAUCAUGCAGCAUCAUAUAGAGAUGCUCUUAAAGAGUUUCAUAGAAGGAUAUCAAGAAGGUAUCCAGCAGAUCAUGGAGAAAAAGGAAUAUUCUUCUAAAGCACAGCAAGAAGGCAAUACUGAUAAAAAUUCAACUUGAUGGCUGAUAAGUGCAUAAUCGGAGAUGCAUGUGAGUACUUCUCCAGCAUACCUAUUGUAGAUACAAGUUUAGAGAUUUGGUGGAGCUAAAAUCUCAAGAAUGAUACGUCCUGAGAAUUUUCCUGUAUUGAGAAAGUGACCUUUAGAAACUACAAAUGUAAUGGGAAUCUCCAUUGACAAUGGUGAUGCUCUUUCCUUCUUAUCAUUUCAUGUUUAUUAGUUUUUGUUGUAGUUUAGUAUUCGACGUGCUUGAGCUUGGAGAAAUGUAAAAGAACCUUAAUGCUUUAUGUCUUUGUUAAGUGCAACUGAAGAAUUACUUAGAUAUCUGCUGCCAGCUGCUUAAUGGAGGCAGUUUGCAUAUAAUACCUGAUUUGCGCUUUUGCAUUAGAGACCAAUAUGGUGCUCUUACACUGAAGAAACCAAAAACAUGAUUGACUGUGGAAGAAAA